GAGUCGUUGGUCGGGCGGGCCGGGCAGUUGGCCUCCCCGGCGUAGGCUCCUCCGGGCCGCCGCCAUGGCGUCGGAGGGGCCGCAGGAGCCCAUAGGUGAGGAGAGCAUCAAGCUAUCAGCAGAUGUCAAGCCGUUUGUCCCCACGUUUGCUGGCCUCAACGUAGCAUGGCCGGAGUCCUCAGAAGCAUGUGUCUUCCCUAGCUGUGCAGCCACCUACUAUCCAUUUGUGCAGGAACCAGCAGUGACUGCACAGAAAAUCUAUACUGAAGGUACAACCUUUGGAGCUUCAGCAUUUCCUCCCCAGUACCUGUCUUCUGAGAUAAAUCUCCAUCCAUACUCCUAUUCUCCUUAUACACUUGAGUCUACACACAACAUUUGCUCAGUGACUGCCUCCCAGUAUGAUUACAGCCAACCUAACUGUUACCGAGGGUUUCAGCUGGUAAAGCCCCGGAAUGAGCACAUGCGCCCUCUUCCACAAGAAACAAAAGUGUUUAAGAAAAAACCCUGUGAUGAAAGAAAAAUGUAUGAUGAGCAAAAGUUUAACAGUAAGAGAGCUGACAGUAUGAUAUCAUCUGAGAUAAAAUCAGCUAAAGGUUCACAUCAUCUUUCUAUUCACACUGAGAAUAGUUUAAAAUCAGACAGCUAUCAUAAACGAGCAGACAGGAAAUCCAAAAUUAUUGCAAAAAGCGCAUCUACUUCCAAACCUGAAUUUGAAUUUAGCAGAUUGGAUUUUCCUGAACUGCAGGGUCCAGAGAACAAUAAUAUGUCAGAGGUACCAAAACAACCCAGGUGGGGACCUCUCCGCUCUGCCACCACUGAUAAUUCUCUUCGAGAAGUGAGAAAAACAGUUGCAACUGUGUCAGAGGGUGAAGUGGUGAAAAAUAAUAAUCCAGGUGAACCUGUAACAGAUACUCCUGCUACCAAUUCCCCUGCGUGUACAAGAGAGUUAUCUUGGACACCAAUGGGUUACGUUGUUCGGCAGACAUUAUCUUCAGAGCAACCACCACCUCCUAAAAAUGUUACUUCCAUGAUAAACCUAAAGAUGGUUGCUUCAUCAACAGAUCCUAAAAAUGUUAGUAUGACACCUGAAGUUUUAUCUUUGGAUCCUUCCUACAACAAAGAGAAACGUGAUCAUCUUACUAAGAUGCCCAAAACAUCACAGGGUGGUGACAUUGAACAAAAUGAAGCCUCAAGAAAGAAUAAGAAAAAGAAAGAAAAGUCUGUAACAAACUAUGAAAUCCUGACAGUUCAAGAGCCACCAAGGAUUGAAGAUACCGAGGAAUUUCCCAAUCUGGCAGUUGCAUCUGAAAGAAGAGACAGAAUAGAGUCACCGAAAUUUCAGUCUAAACAGCAGCCACAGAGUAACUUUAAAAAUAGUGGAAAGAAGAGCCAGAUUCCAGUGCAGCUGGAUUUGGGAGGCAUGCUGGCAGCACUGGAGAAGCAGCAGCAUGCCAAGCAGUCCUCUAGACCAGUUGUGUUCUCAGUUGGAGCGGUGCCAGUCCUUUCCAAAGAAGCAUCCUCAGGGGAGCGGUGCCGCCGCUUCAAUCAGGUGAAGACCCCACACAACCCCCUGGACUCUAGCGCCCCCCUGGUGAAGAAGGGGAAGCAGCGGGAGGUCCCCAAAGCCAAGAAGCCCACUUCACUGAAAAAGAUUAUCUUGAAAGAAAGGCAAGAGAGAAAGCAGCAGCGACUUCAAGAAAAUGCUUUGAGCCUAGCUGUUAACAGUGAUUAUGCACAAGAUGCAGAGAGUGGUGCUGAUGACCAGGCUCCGGACCAGGCAGAACUCACAGGUAUCAGUUUCUGAUUGAUUGUACCUUAAGAACCUUUCAGAUGGGAGAGUCUUGAGAGCAGUGAGCUGUGCACAGAAGCUGUUCAGGCUUCUGCCAGCUCAUUGCAUCUUUGUGGUAUACAUUGAUCCUCAGGGAAGUUUUCGAUGUUGUUUUUUGGUUUUGGCAGUACUGGGCUUUGAACUUAGGGCCUUGCACUUGCUAGACAGGUUUGAGCCACUCCCAAUAAUGAGACUUUUCAGAUUCUAAAAUUUGAAAAUGGAUUUGGCCACUGAACUGCACAGUGGUUAAAAUGUAACUUUUCUGUAUAUUUUACCACAGUGAAAAUGAAUAAUUAGACUUGGGGAGGGGGCACACCUCCAGAAAGACCAGAAAGUUGUCCUGACCCUCUGUCUCCACCAACUUUUCUGUUUUUCCCUGAGGAUAUUUGCUGCCCUCUAAACUAAGGAUGUCUGGGAGUUGGCAGGUGUGUGCAGGUGGGACCGCCUUGGGAUUG